AUGGCUACCAUCCGCCUUGCUCAUGUUCCUCAAGCAGAAAAUUGCUUCACUCGGAGUUCAGGCCUACGUUCACAUCAAAGGACUCACACUGGGGAGAAACCCUAUAACUGCCUGGAGUGUGGACAGAGCUUUACUCAGAAGGGACACUUACAUUCACAUCAAAGGACUCACACUGGGGAGAAACCCUAUACAUGCCGGGAGUGUGGACAGAGCUUCAGUGAUUGUUCAGGUCUACGUUCACAUCAAAGGACUCACACUGGGGAGAAACCCUAUAACUGCCUGGAGUGUGGACAGAGCUUUACUCAGAAGGGACACUUACAUUCACAUCAAAGGACUCACACUGGGGAGAAACCCUAUACAUGCCGGGAGUGUGGACAGAGCUUCAGUGAUUGUUCAGGUCUACGUUCACAUCAAAGGACUCACACUGGGGAAAAGCCCUAUACAUGCCUGGAGUGUGGACGGAGCUUUACUCAGAAGGGACACUUACAUUCACAUCAAAGGACUCACACUGGGGAGAAACCCUAUACAUGCCUGGAGUGUGGACAGAGCUUCACUCAUAGUUCAGGCCUACAUUCACAUCAAAGGACUCACACUGGGGAGAAACCCUAUGCAUGCCUGGAGUGUGGACAGAGCUUCACUCAUAGUUCAGGCCUACGUUCACAUCAAAGGACUCACACUGGGGAGAAACCCUAUAACUGCCUGGAGUGUGGACAGAACUUUACUCGGAAGGGAAGCUUACAUAUACAUCAAAGGACUCACACUGGGGAGAAACCCUAUAAAUGCCUGGAGUGUGGACAGAGCUUCACUCAUAGUUCAGGCCUACGUUCACAUCAAUGGACUCACACCGGGGAGAAGCCCUAAAAAUGCCUGGAGUGUGGACAGAGCUUCACUCGUAUUUCAGACCUACGUUCACAUCAACAUACUCACACUGGGGAGAAACCCUAUAAAUGCCUGGAGUGUGGACAGACCUUCGCUCAGAUUGGAACUCUACGUUCACAUCAAAGGACUCACACUGGGGAGAAACCAUAGAAAUGCAUGGAGUGUGGAUAGAGCUUUUCACGGAAUAAGGUUAUACAUAGACAUCAUAGAAUUCAACCUGGAGAGAAUGAUGUUAAUUGACACAAGAGUGUCAUUCUAACAUGUACAAAAGCAACUCUUGCAAAUUUUGGAAAUGCAAGCUCAAAGUUGGGACAUUUCAUCACAUGUGGUGUAUUGUAGAAAGAUUGAACUAAAAAUGUUCCAUUCUGGAAGUAAACAAGGUUAAAUGAAACUAGAGUUUUAUAUGCUGAGAAUGUUGGAUGAUCAAUUAGAAUGAAAGCAUGGGUAGUUACUGCGAGAUACUCAAGUAAGAAUUGACUGUACACAGGGAUAGAAGGAAUGUUUUAUUCCAAAGCAAAAACACUGGCUUAUGAAGACCUGCAAAUUGGCCACAACGAACAAACUGACAACAACAACGUGGGCAAAUGUCAGUUGUAAUAGGUAUUAAUUGGAAGAGUGUUAUAACAAAUAGAAGUGUUAUAUGAUAUUAUCUAAAGUGAGUAGAAUAAUGAAAGAUAAAAAUUAACAGAUAGAAUGAGGCUUUUAGGCACGUAUCCCUGUCUGUUUGUUAGUUCAGUUGUGUGUCUAUGUAGGUCACUGUUCUGCUAGUGUGUUUGUUUCUGAUUCCACCAAAACAACAGGAACCCUUUUGUUUCUUAACACUAUUAUUAUUAUUAUUAUUAUUAUUAUUAUUAUUAUUAUUCUGUUAAUAUGUUUAUAUUAUUAAAUUCUAUUAUUAUAGGAUUA